AUGAAGAGAAUAUCAAGUCUAUACUCGAUUGGUACAAAGUAUCAUCAGACAUUGGUGGCUACAUCAUCAACAACGAACAUCAACAACACCAACAACAAGAAUGGAAGCAAUACAAUUGCAUCUCGCAAUGGCCAAUUCCCCAGUCCUCUGAAGAAGAUGUCACCUCGCUCAACGACCACUGUCAUUGAUGGCACUGCCACUCAGCAGCAACAACGAUCCUACUUUACAAAGACUGGAAAGUCAUUAUUCCAAGCUGGCAACAACAACAACAACAACAGCAACAACAGUAGUAUAAGUGCAACAGGAACAGAUAAUACAAAACCAUUCAAGAAUGAAGUGGUUCAAUCAUAUUCAUUGGAGGAGUUGCUUCACAAGGCUACAGAGAGUAGUAAUGCUGGACGACUUAGUGAUGCCAUCUCCGAACUUACAGAUGCCAUUGGACUUGAUGGAGCAGAUCCACGUGCCUACGGUUAUAGGGCAGAUCUUCACUUUCACCAGUCCAAAUUCAAAGAGGCCAUUCAAGACUACAAGAGGGUUCUUGAGUUGAUGCCAGAGAGUCUGCCAUGUCUCUCGUCACUUGCAGAGUGUUAUGCAUCCACCAAUGAUUUUGAUACUGCAGUCAAGUACCUUAGACAAAUCUUGGCCAUUGAGCCAAAUUAUCUACCAGCACUCGGAUCACUGAGUGAUAUAUAUUUAAAACAGGGCAAUGUCGAUGAAACUUUGUCUCUAUGCAAGAGGAUUGUUGCAAUCGAACCAAGCAACUUGAGUGCUCUACUUCAGUUGGGUCAUGUCGCCUUCAAGAAGAAUUCACUGGACAAUGCCACCAAGCUCUACGAACAGGUUAUUCGUCUGGCCAAGGAGAAGGGCUAUGAGAAUGUGACUCGUAUCACCUCGUCCUCCAGUGCCGGUCCAGUUUUGAAACUAUCCACCGAAUUUAACCCUGCCUACUCUGCCGCCAUCUGUUUGAUCUCGAUCGCAGAGGUGCAGGACAACCCAGAGAAGAUUCUGGAACACUCCAACCUGGCACUAAGCAUCCAUCCAAAUAGCGGGCAUGCAAUGACCAUGAAGGCCUCAAUGUUGUUGCGCAAGAAACAGCCCGAGGAGUCCCACAAGCUUUUGCUCAGAGUUCUGGAGCUAGAGCCAAACAAUCAAUUCGCACACAUUGUUCUUGCCGAUUGCCUCUUUGAUUUAAGGCGAACACAGGAGGCUCUCCAAAAGUACAAAGAGGUCUUGGCUGAGAUGCUCGAGCGCGAUCGUCCAGAGGAGAUCAACACCAAGGUGAUGCUGCUGCACAACAUGAUGUUGGCACAUGUUACUUUGCUCAAUGACCUGCCCGAGGUUGAGUUGGAAGUAAAGGCAGUCGUUGAGGAGGAGCUGUCCAAGGAGAUCACUGGCAAGCCACAGAACAUGCAGGAGCUGUCAAAGAAGGCGAGGGCAAUGGCAAAGGUACUGACAGGUUUUCCUGCCCAGACCAACCCUAACGCAAUCAAGUACAUCGAGUUCUCGAUUCAGGCCCUUCUACACAUUGCUUUGACCGCUAACGAAUCUCUUCAGAUUCGCCACAACCAAGCCAUCACAUUGCCCAAGGAGAAGUUGUUAGACCCAUUGGACGAGAUCAUACUCUACUACUACGAUCAUAUCUUUACAUCAUUUGGACUCAACGAUACAUAG